AACGCUACGGCGCGACGCAGGAGGGAACCAUAGAGCUCCGCUUGCAGGGCUAGAGCGUCGGGAGCGGGGUGCGAUGGGUCCGCCAUGGCGGACUGAGGCUGGAUGCCCGGUGGGAAGCAGGGCCGGCACCGGUCCGGUCACAUCAUGGCGCUGCGGAGCUGGAACGCGCUGCUGGCGCUGGCCAGGCCCAAAACCAGGCCCAGAGGCUCCCAGCUGCUCCUGCGUUCCAUCUCUCCAUGUUCUCCAGCCAUUGCUUUGGUCCAGCUGGUGGAUCUGCACUUAAACAGGACUUGUGUACACCCUGCACAUCAGCAUUGCACACAGCUGGAUCCCCGCCUGCCUCGUAAUGCAGCUGAAGCUUUGAGAUCAUUCCACACAUCCACCCGUGUGCUACAGGAGCAGCCUGUGCCCAGCCGAGAUGCUGCAGCUGCCCCAACACCAGCACGAAGCACAGAGAACCCCAUAGGGAAAAGGUCCUGGCAUCAAAAAGUUGUGGGUGAAUUGAAGCAUUAUUACAACGGGUUCCACUUGCUUUGGAUUGAUACUAAAGUCGCUGCCAGGAUGGUGUGGAGGCUGCUGCACGGUCAGGUCCUCACUAGGAGAGAGAGACGGAGGUUGCUGAGGACUUGUGCGGAUCUUUUCCGGCUGGUUCCCUUCCUGGUGUUUAUCAUUGUUCCCUUCAUGGAGUUUCUGUUACCCGUGUUCUUGAAACUCUUUCCUGAAAUGCUGCCCUCAACGUUUGAGACAGAAUCCAAAAAGGAAGAAAAGCAGAAAAAGAAAUUAAACGCAAAGCUGGAAUUGGCAAAGUUCUUGCAAGAGACCAUUGCAGAGAUGGCCAAAAGGAACAAAGCAGAUACAGGACAAGGAAAACAGUUCUCUUCCUAUGUACACCAGAUACGUCACACUGGCCACAAACCCAGUACCCAAGAGAUCGUGAGCUUCUCCAAGCUCUUUGAGGAUGAGCUGACCCUGGAACACUUGGAACGGCCGCAGCUUGUAGCACUUUGCAAAUUGCUUGAGCUGCAGCCCAUUGGCACCAAUAAUCUGCUCCGCUUUCAGCUUCUGUUGAGGCUCAGGACUAUCAAGACAGAUGAUGAAAUGAUUGCCAAGGAAGGAAUCAAUGGCUUAAGUGUGGCUGAACUGCAGAGUGCAUGUAGAGCCAGAGGAAUGCGGUCAUUGGGUCUCUCAGAGGAGCAGCUGAAGGAGCAGCUCAGACAGUGGCUGGAUCUGCACUUAAAAGAGAACGUUCCACCUUCUCUGCUCCUACUCUCACGUGCCUUGUACUUAAUAGAUGUAAAGCCACAAUCUCUUCCAGAGAAUAAGAUAGGGGAAACUGAGGAAGUGAUGACAUCCAUUCCUGAACGUCAGGAGACCCUGGUGGAUCCUGCCCCCAUCACACAGGCAAGAAAGAAUGAAGAGUUUGUACCUCAGCCAACAGAGAAAUUACCAGCCUCAGAGGUCCCACUUAAGCCACUCCAACAAGAGACUAAACUGGAGGCAUCUCAGAGCAGCAAGGCUGGUGCCAAUGGAGUCUGAAGCCAGCAAGGAUGACCAACACUGGAAGAUAAGAGCUUUCAUCUCUGCAUCUACUUAAAAGGAAAGAGUGACUGUCCAGCAGGCUGCUUUACAAAGAGGUGUCAGUAGUCCUAAGGGACACUCUCCUGUCCCAGUCUUACUAGCAGACAAUGCUACAGCUGCAUUUAAAUACUGCAGUUGAAAUGAAGACAAGGAAAGGAGGACAGUGUUCUCAUCGCUUGCGUUGGGUCUUUCUGAAAGAGUUACUUAAAAACUUGCUGGACAAGAGCAGAACAGUGAAGAGAGGAGCUUCCACUCUAUCAACAUUCAUCAGUAAAAGCUGCAGCAAGGGCAGCCCAGCUGCCUGGCACUGCUAUGGGAGACAGAGGUGUGCGUUAUUCAGGAUCCCUUUGGGUCUCCUGAGGUAACAGCCUGCAGACCUACAUACUAUUUAACAAGCUGAGACUUGGUUAAACCUUAUCCAGCUCAGCACUACGUCACAGCAACUACCCUCAGGCUUUUUAUAAGUGGUUCUUCAUACACUCCAGUGUCAGCUGCUGGUUUGUGGUGGACUCUACAGGAGGAGAUUGAACUGCUGCUUUUAACAUCUGUUAGUUUUUAGUCUUUGGUGGAUGUAAAUAUUCAGAAGUUAUUUUAUGGACUGUAGAUAUUUAUACUGACUGUAAGAUUAAAGCUAGACUUGGUGCUAUGUCUUUUUUAGAGGUCAGACAGCUUUUAGAACAAUCAGACAAAAGAAAACAAGCAGUCAUCUCAAGGUCGGGGCAUUAUCAGCACUUUAAACAUGUGACUUUGGGCUCUUAUUAGCAAUACAGAAUCAGAAUGCAGUACAACGAUAGCUGCCUUGCAAGCUUAGCUUUGUACCUGCACCUCUGCCACGGUAAUAAAACCAAUGUGCAAUCCCAAA